CUCAGAUAGACCGGUUAACAACAGCCUGGUUGAAAGAGCGAACGGUGACUAUUAUUUUUUCAGGGAGAGGCGAGCGACCUAUCGAUGACGUAUCGAGAAGACCUCAUCCGAGCGUACGAAAAUGGGUGGUUAAGGAAGAAGACGUUCGCUAGGGGCUUCAAACAUGGCAGAGUGCACGGAGAAGGAGCGAAUGUAAUGUCAUACGUGGCUAAAUCAAGAGAAGUGGCCCAGUGGUUAGUGGCGAAGGCAGACGACACAAUAACUAUUAAAGGUGUUGAAUACAAGAUAUUAUUCAAAGCCUGGAUGACCCGGGCGGAGCUCGAGGAGCAGAGGAGAAGAGAAGACGAAACAAAGUUAUGGGUGGUUGCGUUACAAGUGCUGAUAGUACGAGCUAUGUUUCAUGUGGGGGAUCUUGUUCCACAGUCGAUGGGGCCAAUUAUUCAUCGUCACCCCCCGGAGCCAGAUGCCACUCGACCGAAGCUAAUGAACUUGAAAUUCGAUCUCGCGAGAGAAGCAGAGGAAAAGUUUGAGGCACUACUCCCAAUGAAGCUGAAUGAUGGAGAUCUAUACAACGUACAAUUCGUCAACAAGAACACCGCAUGGUGUACUGGUUGCAGAUGGUGGUUUCAUACGGAAACGGAUGGCUGUCCACGUGCCACGGAAGACGAGACGACAACUCAGGGAGUAGCGGGAGGAGGGAGCCGGAGAAUCCAACAAGGAGAAGUGGUGUUUGAGCGCGCCUUCAGAUCGACAGUCGGCGAUCCUCACAAUCCAUCAGCCACCAGGGGUGAAUCAAGUGCAGCUGCAGAAGCGCGAAGAUCGGGAAGCUUCCAGAUGACGACACAUGCAAACGAUCGAAACUUCGUCCCUACAGGAGGGAGGGCGUUGCCACCGGCACAUGAGCAGAAUGAUUUAAGAGAAGUAUACCCGGUGGGUGCACUCACUCAGUCGGCGCUGGCAGAUAUAAGAACAGGCUCAUGGGCGUCGAUUCCAGGAGCGCCAGACCCGUGUGAUGGCGAUGAUGAUGAUGACGGUGAGGACGACGGUGAUGAUGAUGAUGAUGAUGAUGAUGAUGGCGAUGAUGAUGAUGAUGAUGAUGAUGGUCAUGAUGAUGAUGAUGAUGACGAAAGUCAGUAUCUGAGGGUGGUCAUUAAAAAAAGUGAGCCGAGGAAAGAUGACGGCGGUUAUGCGGAGGAGGACAAUCGGGAGAAUGAUGACGAUGGUGUAGGUAGUCUCGGUAUCAGAUCGGUGGGCGAGGGAAAAAGCAAAAAGCAAAAGAAGACGAAAGAAUGGUCGACAGUUCGGUCGCUGCUGAUGAAUCGCUCGAUCAGCUGAUUGAGCUGAUUCCAUCACAUUACGCAUCUUCACCAUCGAGCAGAUCCCAUAUUAUCCGUCUUCACCCAAAUGGUACUCUGCUCCCAUUUUAUU